AUGAGUCCGAAAUCGCUCAUAAGACAGGCAAGGAAUGCCCUUUUAUCGAAGGAUUUCGAGGGUGCAAUUGACUAUUGUGAUGAAGCACUAGAGAAAGACAAGGAAGACUAUUAUGCCUUGUUAAUAAAAGGAAAAGCGCUUUUUUCCCAGGAUAAACAGCACAUAAAGGAAGCUACAAAGCUGUAUAAGCUUGCCUGUAAGAUCCGGCCGUUUGAUCCGUCGGCUUGGAAGGGCUUAAUAGAGCUGGAUAGAGAAACAGACAACUUUAAGAGCUUUUUUGAAGAUGUGCUUGGGUUGGCAAAGGCAGAAGAGGCACAAGGGCAGAAUUUGAGGUUGUGCGUUGAUCUUGUGGAUAGGUACAUGCAGAAAUAUUCGAAAAACGGGGAUUCAAACGAUUCAUUACACGAAUAUUACUACAAGCAAAUGAUACCAGGUCUUUCUGAGUUGGGAGACUUUAUUGGUCCGAUGAGUGGCAGCCCGAUAUCAAAGCUAGACAAGUUGAUUACUCUGAUUGCUAAAAGGGAGCAAGUGGAAAUCAAGACGAAGCAGGAUAAGCUAAAAUUCAAGAUGCCGGCACAUCUCACGAGUGAGAAUCGGAAGGUACUUGAUUCUGCAGAAUAUUCGAUAUAUGAACACUCAGAACUUCCAAAGCUUUACAAUAUGGCUUUAGACUUUGACAUCAGCGACAAUCUUAGGGCAAUCUAUGAGGAGCAGCUUUUGAAAUAUAAGUAUCAGAUGCUUUCUGUUGCCACAGACAAGAAACAGGCUUUUCAUGAAACAUAUGAGAUGGUGUCGGACAUGGUGCUUGUUCACACGCACUGCAAGCUUGCCUACGAUCUUUACUUUGAUUGGACCGAUUUUGCGCAAUUGGAGGAUCUGGAUAUGAAGGUUAUUGCGGAGUAUAUCAGGUUAUUUGGCGUUUCGGGACUUGGUGCAAUACUUUAUGCUUAUGCAUUGUCUGAGGUUUCACCUUUUGAUAGGAAGAUGUUUCAGGAGGAGAUGAGUGAAGGGAAGGGGAAGAAAAAGAAGGGGGGUAAGAAUAAGAAUAAAAAGAAGGAGAAUACGAAGAAGGAAAGUACAAAGGAUGCUAAAGAUCAGAAGGAUGUUAAGGGUGAUGAUAAGAAGGGAGAUAAGAAGGGAGAUAAGAAGGGAGAUCAAAAAGAAGACAAGAAGCAUUAUAAGAAAGAAAAUAAGAAACAUGCUAAGAAAGAAGAUACAAAGGAUGAUAAGAAAGAAGAUAUAAAGGAUAAGAAAGAAGAUAAGAAAGAAGAUACAAAGGAUGAUAAGAAAGAAGAUGUAAAGGAUAAGAAAGAAGAUAUAAAGGAUAAGAAAGAAGAUAAGAAAGAAGAUAAAGACAUAGAAAGCGAAGAUGAAGAUUCACAAACACUAGUUAAUGAAGAAGUUCUUGAACUUAUGAUGGCCGGAAUCAGAUUAGCUAAGCAGUCGAUUCUAGCCCACCGGAUCCUCAUCAACUUCUGCAUUCAUCUGAAAAACUACCAGGAGGCUUUAGAUUAUUCUAGAGAGUGCGUGCAGAUCACAGUGAGGCAUUCGAGAUUAAUUGGGGUGCCUUUACCACACUCUAGGCUACAUUCUCUGCUAGAUUUGGCAAUUGUCUACACUUAUUACGAGUCACCAAAGAAUUUUGCAAAGGCAAUGGACCUCUACAGCUCAGUUCUCAAGGCAGAUCCGCAGAACAUCCAGGCGAAAAUCGGCAAGGGAUUGAUAUUUGUGGAGAAUAGGAACUUCAAAAAAGCAGCUGGGCUUUUGAAGGAUGUGGUGAAGGAGAAUGCGGAAAACUAUGAUGCUUGCCACGAGUAUGGAUGGUGCCUUAUUCAGCUUGGUAGGAGGGAGGAGGGACGGAAAUGGACGAAGAGGGCAAUGGAGAUGGUUUCAGGAACGGAUGCCAGUUCGUUGAAUAAGAGGGCUAUUGCUUUGUGGAGGUUGGGGGAGUCUUAUUUGCUUGAUUAUAGGGAGGGAGAAGAUGAAAAUGAGGAUAAAGAAAAAGUGAAGGAUGGGGAUAAAGAAAGAGGGAAGGAUGAAGAAAAAGUGAAAGUAGGAAAGAAAGAAGGAGAAGAUAAGAAUGAAGAAAAUAAAAAUGAAGAUGAAAAGGGAUAUGCAAAGGAAGACAAGAAGGAAGAUGAAAAAGAAAAUGAGGAAUUCAGAAAGGAAGAAAAUAAGCAUAAUAAAAGAGAAGAAAACAAGGAUAAUAAAGAAGAAGAAAAAAAGAAUAAUAAAAAAAUUAAUCAACACGCUGCAGUUCGCGCGGCCUUCGACUACUUCGUCAAAUCACUGAAACAAUCACCAAGCUACCCACCGUGCUACACCUCGCUGGGCUGGCUCCUCCUGAAAGUCUACCACAACGAGACCAAGGCGCUGAGGUGUUUCUAUAAGGCGUUCGAGUUGGAUCCGUCCGAGCUGGAGGCAUGCCGCGAGCUCGUGCGCCACUUCAGUUCCCGCAGGGACUGGGAGAUGGUCGAGGUGAUCUGCACGCGGGUGGUGGCCCACGAGGGGGCCCGGAGGAUGUUGCUGGCGAGGGAGGUUGAGGACGCGUCGUGGCCGUACCGGAUGCUAGGCUGCUCGAGCCUGGAGCAGGGCGACGACUCGGGUGCCAUCGGGCACUUCCAGAAUGCCCUCCGCGUGGCGCCCGGGGACACCGCCGCAUGGGCCGGGUUGGGCGAGGCGUACCUAAGGGGCGGCCGGCUCGAGGCGUCGGCCAAGGUGUUCGCGCACGUGCUGGAGGUGUGCCCCGGCGACUGGUACGCGCGCUACCUUCUCGCGGUGGCCUACAAGGCGAUGCUGCGCUACGGGGAGGCGCUGGAGCAGCUCCAGGCGCUUUCUUCCGGAGGGCACGCUGCAGAGAAGUGCGUGCUCACCACGCUGUACGAGACGCUGAUCGCCCGGGCCCGCCACGAGGUGGACGGGGGCUUUGUGGGCCGUUCGCGGGAUACCAUCCGCGAGGCUGUGGGGGUUUUGAGGCGCGCCUACAAAGUUGACCGGGCAUCGCAGAAACUUUGGAAGGCCGUGCAGGAUAUUUUCGCGCUUUGCCUCGAGGUGGAGUCGGGCUGUGAGGGCGUUGGUGUAGAAAUUCUUGAGGGGAUGAUUGAUGAGAUGAAUGGGGAAAAUUUGGGUGUUAGUAAGGGGGAGGGAAAUAAUUUGAAGGCUGAUAGAAUUGAAAAGAGGAAUAUUUCAGAAUCAAAUGAAAUAAACGACACAAAUAUUUCAAAAUCAAAUUCCACAUAUCCCGACAUCAACCGCCUGCACAGCUACAACGUGCUGGCUGCAAAAAUUGCCCUCCGAGUUCUGCCUGCAUCCGCGGCCAAGCCAAUGCGCGCCGGUGCCCUCUACAACGAGGCCGUGGCGUACCUGGGCUGGGGCCACCGGGACAGCGCCAUAGACAGCCUCCGGAAGGCCGUGCAGCUAGAGCCCGGUAACCCGGAGUUCUGGGCCACGCUCGGUGCCGCAUGCAUCACCAGGAGUGCCCGCGUGUCCCAGCACUGCUUUAUCAGGGCUGCCUCGCUCGCCCCCGGCGCCCCGGACGUAUGGAUCGGUCUCGGCGCGCUCUGUCUCACAUACCGCGACUUCGAGCUGGCCCAGCGCUGCUUUGCGCGCGCCCAGUCCUUGGGACCGUCAACCCCAGCCGCGUGGGCCGGCCUUGCGCUGGCGCUCCACGGGCUGCACGACGCAGACCAGCCGGCGCGCCUACUAACGCAUGCGUACGUGCUCGCCAACGGCCGUGCGCCGCUUUGCGCAUUGCUCUACGGGCUUUCGGUCGUGCGGAAGCGUGUCGGCUGCUCGCCAUCGGAGCGCGAUCUCGGCGCCGUGCAGGAGCUCACAACCGCGCAUGCCGCACUUCGCCACUACCUCCGGUUCCGCCCGAGCGACGUUUUGGCCUCUCGGCUUGCGCUCACCGUCAUGGAGCGCAUCCACGCCUUCGAUGAGGGCAUCCGCGUGUUUCGGCGGGAGCUUGACAAUUAUUCCGGGCCUCGGAAUAACUCGGACUCCGCGCCCUACGCGAUGGCACAGGCCCAGCUCGCAAGGCUCUAUCUCGGGGCUGGGCGGUAUCCGGAGGCAGCCGAGGCCGGCGAUGCUGCGGCGGAAAUUCUCGCGGAGGAUGAAUCCAUGUCGGGCAAAUCGCAAAAAUCCCUCAUGUCGUCCCUCGCGGUGUCCGGGCUCUCGCUGUAUUUCUCCGGGGACUUCGACGCAUCGCUAGCGCAGCUCGCCACAGUCCUCGACGUGUUCCCGGACUCAUCCCGUCUUGUGGUUUUAAUCGCCCAGGUUUUACACGCUUCCGGUCGGCCGGACGCAAGGCAAGCUGCCGUUGACGAACUUAUGAAAAGCAUCGAAAAAUAUGGCACGUCGCCGCUGGUGGCGUCCACUGUUGCCUCGAUUGCCCUCGUCGAUCGACUUGACGAUCUUUUGCCCGCGGCCCGCGAGGAACUUCUUCUGAUGCCUGCCGAUGCACGGGCUGCCGAUAUUUCGUGCGAGAUCCCAGGCUUGGUCGACCAGAUCGACCGGCGGCUGGGUCUGCGUGCCCACAGCCGGCUCUGGCAGCGGGAGGCAUUUUUGUUCCCUGGGCAGGCGGCCGCGUGGCGGCACCUGGACUCCCGCGUAGCGUUGGACGUGGCCUCGCAGUCCGGGGACACUGACUCCGGUGUGCUGGCCGAGUCCUACGUCAGGGCAGGCACCCUCAGGGAGAUCCAGCGGGGGCUCUUUCUUGACCCAGGCAACGUGAACGGCUACCGGGCUCUCAGGGGUUGCUUUGCAUAA